AUGCCUGGCCUUGUUAGCGACGCCACACGUAUCUGGGAGCUGAACAUUUACUGGACCGUCAACUCGCAGUGUGGAGUCUGGGAUCCGAAAGGGAAAGGUGUCGACGUUUGGGAGUGUAUCAGAGAUCAUAAUUCCAUCCCUGGCACACAGCCACCUAAUACUGCGUAUUGGCGAUAUGUCACUCGCAGAUGA